AUGCAUGUUACCGAGUUUCUGAAUCGAACCAAUCGACGCAAUCGUAAUGCCCAAAUUGAUUGCAGUGUAGAAUGCAAGCUAGCCGACUAUGCGGAAGAUUUGGAUAGACGUCGUCAUCAGCUGGCUCGCCAGCUGCACAGUGAGCAGCACCAGCUGGAUGAGGAGCUGGCGGAGCUGCAGAAAGCACGUCUCGACUUAGCUCAGAAUCAGCGCAUUGAAUGGAUACAAAUGUCGCUGAUGAGAGACGAGGCAGCCGAACAGCAGCUGCUUCAACUCAAGCAACUGCAGCGAGAAAUCGAAAACUCUGAGGAGCAUCGGCACGAGGAAACAAGGCAAAUACUACUGGCAACCAAACAGGCGCAGCUCUAUCAGAUUGAGGAGCGCAAAGAACGGCAGCGUCGAGCUGCCCAAAUGGAGGCGAUCUGGUAUCAAAAUAAAUAUAAAUACAUAUGGGAUAAAUAA